AUGAACGUGAGAAGGGUAGCGGAGUACGUGGGGCGUCCCUUCUCGGAGGAGGAGGAGAAGGAUGGGGUGGUGGAGGAGAUUGUACAACUGUGCAGUUUUGAGAAGCUCAGCAGUAUGGAGAGCCGUAUCGCUGGCAUUGUAGCUGCAGAGAGGGCGAUCCAGUGUCUCGACCAGGAAAACCAACAGCCCCAGAGUCUAAUGGAUUUUUCUCUUCCUUCCAAUCCUCAAGGGAAUCCUCAAGAGGGGAGAGGCGAAGUCUCCACCAAGGAGCACAACGAUCACCUAUCCUCGCUGCCAAGGCAAAGAGGAUUUCUACGUCCCAUCAGAAUGUACAAAGGGUUUUGGGUCACUGAAAGUUUGCUUCCCCGCGUGUUGGCCCUCCAAGAUCACUUCAAGCCUCGUCCCUCCGACCUCAUCCUCGUCACCCAGCCCAAAUCCGGCACCACCUGGCUUAAAGCCCUCUUGUUCGCUAUCAUGAACCGCACCAACUACACCUUUGCUCAACACCCUCUCCUCACCCGCAACCCCCAUGAGUGUGUGCCCUUCUUAGAGAUCCCCUUUCGCAAUCGAUUCUCCGAUCUGGAGGCGAUCCCUCCGCCGAGGCUCCUCGCCACGCACUUGCCUUACUCCAUAUUGGCGUCCUCUGUGGCUGACUGCGGUUGCCGGCUAGUUUAUCUAUGUCGAGACCCCAAGGAUGUGGUGGUCUCGCUGUGGCACUUCGCGCGUAAGGACAGGCCCGACAUGCGUCUGAGCGAAGCCUUCGAGUCGUUUUGCGAGGGGGUCUCGUUGUCCGGGCCGAUCUGGGAUCAUAUCCUCGAGUACUGGAGGGAGAGCCUGAGGAGGUCCGAGAAGGUGCUGUUCUUGAAGUACGAGGAGAUGAUGGCCGAGCCGGUGGGGAACGUGAGAAGGCUUGCGGAAUUCGUGGGGCGUCCCUUCUCGGAGGAGGAGGAGAAGGAUGGGGUGGCGGAGGAGAUUGUACAACUGUGCCGUUUUGAGAAGCUCAGCAGUUCGGAGGUGAAUAAAAAAGGCAUAUACGAAGCAGGGGAGAUAACUCUGCCGCAUGAGUCGUUUUUCAGAAAAGGCCAGGUUGGAGAUUGGACAAAUCAUUUGAGUCGUGAAAUGGGGGAGAAGUUGGACCGAAUUGUCCAAGAGAAGCUGGCUGGAUCCGGUCUGAGCUUCCGAGCAUCGUGAAUUCUCAGAGACGCUUAGCUGUGCCCACUAUGCAUGCAUGCAAAAAAUUCUCCAGCCCGCUGAUGAUGGGGUGGCAGCUCAAUAUUUAUCUCUGUUUCAUGUAUCCCAUCUAAAGCAAGCUGUGCUUCCCUUCUGUACGUGUGCAGCCAUCUUCUUACUUAUUCAAGAUGCCUUUUCAUGCAGCAAGGAUCGUCUAGUUUGAGAUUAAUAUUUAAUAUGAAUCUUAAAAUAAGUUAUUAAACUAGCUAGUUCUCAAACUGAUGUGGUGAAUGGUUGCAAUGAUUUGUUGGGGGUAGGCAUGAGUGACGGACGUACAGGAGGUUGUGCCAUUCAUUGGUGCAGUAUGAUUGGAAAUCUGUCUGGUGGGUAACUAGUUUGAGCUAUGCUUGGAACGGA